AUGAUCAUGUGAUUCGCGGGGGCGGGGCUGCGCCUGCAGCUUCCCGGCCAGGCUGAAAGGACAAGGGUAGCUCGCCUUGUCGGCCCUGAAAGCGCCCACUGGAUGGCCUGGCCCCAACUGCUCUCGCCGAGCCGCGCAAAGGGAGCUGCUUCUGGCUCUCGUUGGCCUCACAGGUUUGCUUUCCUUCUUUUCCCGAAGGUGGGCCCUUAGAUUCACUGCCCGCAGUUUGCGGCCGCCGGGAAGCCCAAAUCCGAGUGUCCGGAGAGUAACCGGAAGUGCCGUUCCAGGCGGAGGGGCGGUGCCGCUGCUGCUGGGGAGAGGGAAGACUUGAGUGUUGGGCUUAGUUAUGGUCUAGAGACCUUUUGGAGCCAAAAGGAAACAGUCUUAAGUCUCUGUUGUUACGGGUUGGUAAUAACAAGGAAAGAAUUAGUGUAUAGGAUGCUGGAAACUUGUAGAGAGGAACUGCUCGUGACUGAAAGGCCUAAAACAGAUGUAUCUUUCAAGUGCUUAUCAAGAAAAUGACUAUGGAGAACAUGAUGGGUCAAGAAGACCGGUGGAAAACUCCCUAGGAGAGAGCCAUAGAAAAUGUACACUUCCGAAGAAAGAUAUAACCAGAGAACUCAAAAACGGAAAAUAUAUCAUGUAUGCCCUCAGAAGGGUAAAAAGAUUUUUAUUCAUGUGCAUGAGAUUACUCAAAUAGAUGAGCAGAUCUACCAGUGCCUUGAACGUGAGCAGAACUUCUGUGAAAACUUAGCUCUUAUUAUGUGUGAGAGAACCCAUACUGGGGAGAAACCUUAUAGAUGUGAUAUGUGUGAGAAAACCUUCAUCCAAAGCUCCGAUCUUAUUUCACACCAGAGGAUCCACAAUUAUGAGAAACCUUAUAAAUGCAGCAAAUGUGAGAAGAGCUUCUGGCACCACUUAGCCCUUUCAGGACACCAGAGAACACAUGCAGGUAAAAAAUUCUAUACGUGUGAUAUCUGUGGCAAGAAUUUUGGUCAGAGCUCCGACCUGCUUGUCCACCAGCGAAGCCAUACAGGCGAGAAACCAUAUCUGUGUAGUGAGUGUGAUAAAUGUUUCAGCCGAAGUACAAACCUCAUAAGGCACCGAAGAACUCACACAGGUGAGAAACCAUUCAAAUGUCUGGAGUGUGAAAAGGCUUUCAGUGGGAAAUCAGAUCUUAUCAGCCACCAGAGAACUCAUACUGGUGAAAGGCCCUACAAAUGUAACAAGUGUGAGAAAAGUUACCGACACCGUUCAGCCUUCAUCGUUCAUAAAAGAGUUCAUACCGGGGAGAAGCCCUAUAAGUGUGGUGCCUGUGAGAAAUGCUUUGGCCAGAAAUCAGACCUUAUUGUACACCAGAGAGUCCACACAGGUGAAAAGCCGUAUAAAUGCUUGGAGUGUAUGAGAAGUUUUACUCGGAGUGCCAACCUCAUCCGGCACCAGGCAACUCACACUCACACUUUUAAAUGCCUUGAGUAUGAGAAAAGCUUCAACUGUAGUUCAGACCUUAUUGUGCAUCAAAGAAUUCACAUGGAAGAGAAACCACAUCAGUGGUCUGCAUGUGAGAGUGGCUUCCUUCUGGGCAUGGACUUUGUUGCCCAACAGAAAAUGAGAACUCAGACAGAGGAGUUACAUUACAAAUACAGUGUCUGUGAUAAAAGCUUCCACCAGAGCUCAGCCCUUCUCCAACAUCAGACAAUCCACAUUGGUGAAAAACCGUAUAUCUGUAAUGUGGGUGAGAAAGGUCUUGAGCUCAGCACUCCCCAUGCAUCGGAAACCUCACAAAUGUCUUGACUGGACAAGAAGGUGUAAUACCAUAAAAAAAUACAUUUACAAUGUAAGAAAACUCCUUAAGAUGAAGACCUCUAAGCAAAUCUCAGACUUUGCUCAGAGCUCAGAUUUCACUGGGGACCAGAGAAUCUACGAUUGUAGGAAGUCAAAAAAUGGUUUGCCCAGAGAGCUAUCCUUGCAGAACCUUACCAGUCACUCCAACGAGAAACCUUACAAAGGACCUGAGUUUGGGAAAACCUUUAGUUCAAGCUGAAUCUGAUUUCCCAUAAGAGGAUUCAUACAGGUGGGAAACCUUAGAAAUUUGCUGAGUGUGAGAAAGCCUUCUAGCAAUGCUUGCCUCUCCUCAUUUGAUGAGAAUUUACAUCAGAGGACACCAUUUUACAUGUCCCGUGUCAACAGUGCCUCAGGCAGUAUGUACAUCUCAUUGGAUGUCAGAAAACCCAAUUUGGGAGAAACCCCAACAGGUGUGAAGAAAGCUUCUAACAGAACUAUGACUUUCUUAGCCAUCAGAGAAGCCAUACUGGUGAAAGUUUGUAUUUAUUUGUCUAGAAUGUGGCAAAAGCAUUGGUUGAAGAGCCUUCUUGGGUUUGCAAGAAAAAAACCCAAUCUGAGAAAAGACCUUAUGAAUUGUCUGAAUGAGAAAAGCUUCCGUCAAUGAUCAGCUCUUGUGGUACACCAGGGAACUCAGAUAAGUGAAAAAUCCUAUACAUACCUGGAGUCUGAAAAAAGCCUUGCUAGAAACCCUUACCUUAUUGGGCCCCAAAGAACUUACUCUGCAGAGAAUUUUCUUCUAGUAAGAGAUCUGACUGUGGUCUGUGUAUGUUUAAUAGGCCUGAGAAGAAUUAUUCUCAUAGUUAGUUGACCCAUAUAGUAGAGAUGACUUUUAAUGGAGUCAGUAUGUAAACAGUUUGUUUUUAGAUGCCCAGAAGCUUGUUCUGGGAGGAGCUAGGGCAGGUCACAGAGACCUGAUGGGUAACUCAGGUAAAGAUGCUUUUCUUUUAUCUGAACCACUUCAUGAUUGCUUUACUUUCAGUUUUUAAAAUUUGGAAAUCCAAUAAAGGAAAGGACUGGAACCUUGAGAUAGAAGGUGUGGCAUGUGUUACUGUUGGGGAAGGAAGUAUAUUGCUUUUGCCUCUGUUGAUUUUUUCAUUCUUGACUAGACUGGGGACUAGAGUGUUGAUAGUAGCUGGGAACUUUUGCUGGUUGUGAAAAGAACUGAACAGCCAGGGAGUAGUUAUCCUAGAUCAAAACUCUCCCCAAAGUUUCCUCUUUGGAGGGCCAACCUCAUAAAGAGGCAGAAUACUCAGCUUUUUUACUUGGUGUGAAAUGAGGCACACCCUCAAAAGUUUCCUUUCCCCAAAAUAUCUUUCAGAUUAUUACUGGUAUUUGAAAUUUCAGCUUUACGGAUUCAUUUCUUCUCAACUCAGAUAUGCAAAUUCCAGGAUAAUCCUUAUGAAUUGCUGGUAUCCAUAUUUUUGUGACUUCAUUUUUCAUGUUUAAGUGAUAAGAUAGCCUCAUCAGCUCCUUGAAGAUGAUUAAGGGAAAACUGAAAGAAAGGUUUAAGCCUGAGUAGCCACAUGGAAAACAUAUAUUAGUGGAGAGGCUAGGCUUUGAUUUUGAGUAUCCUGACUCAAAGGCUGUUUGUUUGUUUGUUUGUUUGUUUUCAUUCCAUUAUCUUGCUGUUUAUAGCACAUUCAAGCCCCAUAACAAUAUACCUUUGAUUUAUUUCGGUUCUGCCAAGGAAAGCAAGAAUACUUUUUAUUCCCAAGGAAAGGAUUGCAGUCACCACAAUAUAAGGUAUAUGUUUGUCUUGUAAUGUUGGAUUCUAAAUGCUAGAAAGGAAAAAUAUUUGGCCGAUUCACCAGAGGUUCAAAGAUAAACACUUAGCUCCAACCUGACAGAAUAAUUACGAUUACCUCUAACAUUCUCCAGAAAUACUAUAAUUAAUCCAGGGAUCUUUAAGUGGGCACUUCUGAGGUCUUUUUCCUUCCCUCAGAUUAAAAGACGUUUAAUAUAAAUACUUAAGAUUCCUACAGUAUUUUGGACUGUAGACUGGUGAAUAAAUAUUUUGGGUCCUCUGGUUUAUCUUAGCAAAUCCUGAACUCCAGAGAGCAUUGGUGUUCAGACUCAUGGAGGUGGCCAAUUGCUACAAUGCCACCUUGCAUAGAGUUCUUAGCUUUGAUCCUAAUGACUGGUUGAUGACCUUGAAAAUAUUAGGGUCAGUGGAUAUAGCUCAUAGUGAUAAUAAGGAAUCUGAUUCUUGGGUGUUUUUUUUUUUCUUUUUUCUUUUUUCUUUUUUCUUUUAGAAAACAGAUGCUGGAAGUUCAUUUGAUCUGAUGUGUUUUAGUAAAUUUCAUAACUAGCUCCUAACCAUGAUAAGUUACUCAGUGUUUUAAAAUGCACAAGAUGUAUUUGUUUCUCUUGGGUGAAAAUCAUGCCUAUCACUAGUAUAUGUUUGACAUUUGUGAUUCUUAAAAUAGUAUUGGAUUUAUGGCAUGGUGGUGAUGAAAAUUAGUCCUUAUGGCUACUUGUUAGUCACUAGAGAGAACUUGGAGAAGGGAACAGAGUUUAUGUCUUUGGCAGGGCAAUGACUUACCCCUUCUUUCAACUAAUCUUAAUGGUAAUUGUCCCUAGUCUAAGUAAAUGAAGGGCGGACCAUCCCUCAAACAGAGAACUUUGGGGUAUGAAACAGGUCUGAGGGCCUUUAACCAUGGGGGGAAAAGGUGUUGGUAUUACUCAUACAGCAUAACCUGAGGUUGGAAAGGACCACUUGGGAGCCUGUAACCAAAACUAGAAGGUAACUUCUGGAAUGGAUGGAGGUUCUCUUGAAACAAUGCCAACGUAAAUCUACCUCAGGUAAGUAGUUAGAGUAACUUUUUUAAGAUUUCAGACCAAAUGAGACACCUGUAUUCAGUCAGUGUAUUCCUGUGCUUUAAUGUUUUUGUUUUCCCUUAACUCUUAAAUAAACGUUGUUCUGAAAAACUC